CGCCUCAUACCUUUUGGGAAUCCGACGCGAUGACGCCGUCCGUGUGCAGUUAGUUGGCUAUGCAUUCGAUCGAGAGAUGAAGGGAGGCUACGAUGGCCCAUAUCGCCCCCAUCAUGCGCGCUGGUCAUUCUUACAUAAGGUGUACGGAGUACAACGUCUAAGAUGCGAGUUGGCAUCGUACAAGGAGCAUUCGCAACGGUGUCGAUUGAAUUGAGAGGACAGCGUGUGACAAGGAGGAGUUGACGCGUGCACGAACCAGCCUCGGGGUUUUGUGAUGUUCCGCUCCGAAACCCCUCCUCCUUGGGAGCAAUUCACAUCCGAAACCCAAGCUUGCAAGCCCAGAGGAACCAUUACAUCCAUUAUGGCGACGCCGGAAGCGCAGGAGUCAGCCGCAAAGGAGCGCAUCAUAAAGCACAUGAACGCGGAUCACAGCGACUCGGUCCGUCGAUAUCUUGAAGCGUUUCAAAAGAAGUCCUUCUAUCAGGUGCGACACGCGAAGAUGACGGACAUCACUGUCAACGUCAUGAAGUUCGACUGCGGCGGGGAGCAAGUUACGAUCCCAUUCGACCCGCCGAUGAAGUCUCUCCGGGAAGCUCGCGAACGGGUGGUACAACUGGACAAAGACGCCCUUCAAGCUCUAGGACGCAGCGACAUCUCGAUCACCAAAUACAUCCCGCCAUACGUUCACCCGCUGCACCUCUUCAACUUCAGCCAAUGCUUCAUUGUCUACGUUGUAUUCAGCCGAGCGUCCAACUUCAGUGCCGGUUCGAUCCUUUACGACAGCGUGCUGUUCCACUUUCCCGGAUUUGCGAACUUCUGCUUAGCCAUUCAGCCGUAUUUGAUUUCAAUCAUGGUUGGAAUUCACGUGUACGAGACAGUGCUCAUGGUUCGGAAGCUGGCGAGGCACGGGUUGACACCGUUUGAGCGGCUCUGGUGGGCUUGGACCGGCAGCUGUUUCGUGGAAGGCGUAACGAGCUUCAAAAGGCUGGACGCGCUGAUUGCGGAGAAGCGCAGGGAGAAAGAAGCUAAGAAGCAUUGAUGGACUGGUGGCAGUUCUACAUGAACGUCCAGCAUUCAGGGCGCAAGGCCAUUUCCACGGGCUUAGAUACCAUAUUCACAUCAAACUACAUCGUGCUAAAGACGUCGUGUGGGCGUUGGAAGAGUUCCAGACGUCACUCCGAACUCGGCAGCCUUAUCGAUAAGGACCCGGG